AAAAAAAAAAAAAAAUCUCUCUCGUUUUCUCUCGCCGUCUCUCGUCGCCGAACCCUAGUUACUAUGAUUCUUCAUCGAUCGUUAGAUAUGGCGGAAACGGCGAUGAUGGUAAGAAGCAGCAACUUCUUCUAAGCGUUACAGUGAAAGCAGUGGAAGACAAAGGUAAUAAUGGAGGUGGAAGUAUGAGUUUCUCUGGUCAAAGCUGGUAUCCCAGUUCCGAGAUUGAAGUUCCUUCAGACCAAAGACCCGUGAAUGAGUAUUCGUCUUUAAAGAAAGGAAUGUUAUAUUCAUGGGGAGAAUUGGGUCCAAGGGAGUUCUUUAUUCGUCUCGGUGGUCUUUGGUUGGUCACUUUCACUGUUCUUGGAGUUCCUAUUGCAGCUGUUAGCUUUAAUCCUUCCAGAGAGCCUUUGAGAUUUGCUCUAGCUGCGGGUACUGGAACGUUAUUCCUGGUUUCGUUGAUUGUCUUGAGAAUAUACCUGGGAUGAAGCUACGUUGGAGAUAGACUACUUUCUGCAGUUAUACCAUAUGAAGAGAGUGGAUGGUAUGAUGGACAAAUGUGGGUCAAACCACCAGAGGUUAGUACCUACUUAAAAUUCCUUUCUUUUUGCUAAUCUACAUGAUGACACAUAGAAACACAAUCUAACUGCUACCAAGUUUUCAUAGUUGUAGUAAUUUUGGUUGUGGCUUAAUUUGAAAACCUCUGAUUUUUAUAGUUCUCCAUAAUUAGAUUUUUGUGGAUAUUCCUUAGUACGUAGUUAGUAUUAAGUGUCAAAGCAAAAUCUAUUCCAAAACAUUGGCAAAAGCUUGUAGAUGGAUCUAUGCACUGCCAAGUGCCAAGUUUUCACCCGUUCCGGAACUCUAUGCAUAUGUAUUUGACAUUAACUAAGCAACUGAUGAAUUACUGUGAGUUUAAGAAAUAGUUGUUCUCUAUGAGCAUUUUGACCAUUGGUGAUACAGGAAGUGCUUUUAUUCUUUAUCAAUUGGGUUUUUGGAGAAGCAAUAUGAGCUGUGUGAUUGGAUUGAUUUUAUUUAAACUAGUUGUGUUCUUCUCUUUUGUGAGCUUCGUGUCGUUUCAUAUUCUCAGUUAGUUACUGUAUAGUCAUCGGUUUGGCUCUGUGUCAGCUGAGGUUUCUUCAAAUGCAGGUGAGUUUAAUUUCGGAUUUCUAGCUUAUUAUAUUUGAGUUCUGGUGCCACUCUGUUCGAUAAAACUUUUGGGGACACCAAGUGUUUGUGGAAAUGCGUCUGAGAGCAUCCGUUUUUAAUUGCUCAUUUGUUUUUCUUUCAGGCUUUGGUUUUUAUGUUGAUGAACAUGGAAACAUGGUGAAGAAGUCUCAAGUAGUAAUCCCUAAUUGCAUUUCUCUAAUCUGAAUCAAUCAACAAUUAGCGGUCCAUUACUCAUUCUCUUUUCUUUCUUUUCUUUUCUUUCUUUUUUUGUCAUCUUUAGACUUUAAAUGUAAAAUAUUGAUUUGUCUAUUUUUAAAGUUAUGCCUGAUUUACGGUUAAGUUACGGCUGAGUUAUAUAUUUCAUAUGGUUGAGUUAU